AUGGACUCACAAGCGAUCAGCGUAGAGAUCCUGAAAUGGAUGCUGGAAGUGCAGUGCAAAGAGGCCUUGGUACCGGCAUUACUUUACGAGAAGAAGGUCCGCAGCCAGUACGGCAAGGCAGAGAAUGUACAGCCCGUCAAGGGCGUGCUAUCGAAGCGAGCGCUCCAAGUGAACGCACCAGGACGAGACAUCUACGGGCUGGAAAAAAGCACCGAAGUCCGCUAUUUCGAAUGUCCCAAUUGCGAGAGACAGGUGGCCGGGCACCGCUUUGCGGCACAUAUCGCCAGGUGCUCGGGACGAGGUAGACGCUAG